ACCUCCCCUCCCCUCCCAGCCGGCCCGGCCCCAGCGCUGGCUCCCGGGUCUCCCUAUCCCGAAGCGGAGCAGCCACCUGGCGUUUCGGGACGCGGCUGCAGUUAGGCGGACGCUAUGGCCGAGGAGCGGGACGUGUUCCUGAGAGCCCGGGGCAGGACGCUGAGCGCCUUUCGCCAAGAUGAUGAAUGUCAAUGGAAAGCCCCUUUCUACUUCAUCCAAGGAGCGGAUCCCCAGUUUGGACUGAUGAAAGCCUGGGCAAUUGGUGACUGUGACAAUGGAGGUGAUGAAUGGGAAGAGGAGAUCAAAUUAACAGAGCAAGCUGUGCAAGCCAUUAACCAGUUAAACCCCAAGCCCAAGUUCUUUGUACUGUGUGGUGACCUCAUACAUGGUAUGCCAGGAACUCAGUGGCGAAAGGACCAAGAACAAGAUUUGAAAAAUGUCCUGAAGAACAUUGACCAAGACAUUCCAUUGGUAUUUGUCAGCGGAAAUCAUGAUAUCGGCAAUGUUCCAACACCUGAAACAAUAGAUGAUUAUUGCAAGCACUGGGGAGAUGAUUACUUCAGUUUUUGGGUUGGAGGAGUUUUCUUUCUUGUGCUUAACUCUCAGUUAUACUUUGAUUCCUCUAAAUGUUCUGAGUUAAAGCAGGCCCAAGAUGAGUGGCUUAAUGCACAACUGGCUGUAGCUGAAAAACGGAAGUGUAAACAUGUAAUAGUAUUUCAGCAUAUUCCUCUAUUUCUACAAAACCCGGAUGAAGACCAUGACUAUUUUAACUUGGAGAAGUCAGUUCGGCACGAGCUGAUGGAAAAGUUUCAUAAAGCAGGCAUUAAAGCUGUAUUUUCUGGACACUACCAUAGGAAUGCUGGAGGGUUCUACAAGGAUCUAGAGAUGGUGGUUUCAUCAGCAAUUGGAUGUCAACUGGGAGAAGAUACCCAUGGGCUUAGAGUGGUCAUUGUCACAGCUGAGAAGAUUGUUCACAGAUACUGCAGUUUAAAUGAUCUGAGUAGCCAAGGAAUAGAGAAAGAGCUGAUGGAUUUGAUUAAGCAAAAUUAGCCAUUUUCUAACUGACAAGUCUCCAGUUUUUUUAAUUCACAUGUUUUAUUUCACAGAUAGGAACACCAACUCAGCAAAAACAAAAAAGCCUACCACGGGCUGAAGAUGAUUCCCAGUUGUGUAUUAUGUACUAAAAUAGUUGUCUUAACUCAUUACCAUCCUAAAUAACAAAGCAGAAAGGUAUGCAGAAAUAUUUAUACCUUUGAGGGGAAAUGAAACCAAUUAUAAUAUGAAAAAUAAUAGAAGUAAUGCUAUCACUAUUGAUUUUGUAAUGGGAAAGAGCUAUUCUGGGGAUUAGCUGCUCUAUUCCUGGAUCAGACUUUUAUAGUUAAGUAAGCAUAUCCAUGAGUAGAAGCACUGGCUUCUGGAUGACAAACUCAACUCUAGUCCACCCUUCUGUUCUAGCUUGGCCAGCAAGAUGCAUCUCAAAACCAUUAUACUUAAUGUUCUCUAUUAAGUUCUUGAUAAUCCUCCAGAAAGUGACAAAGUAAAUGUGGCAUGUUCGUAUUCAGUAUGGGCUAAUCCAAAGCCCUUUGAAGUCAGAGAGAAGACUUUCAUUGACUUCAGUGAGUUUUGGAUCUCACCCUAUUUCUGCUUCCUUCCAGUUGAUGUCAUCUCCCAUCCCUAGCCUUUACUUCUGUAAUAUCUUCAGAACCACUCCAGCAAUCAGAGCAAGCUGGAUUCUUCUCUGCCUAGCAAACCACCAUUGUGGGUGCUGUAAGAGAGACAAGACUCACAAUUUGGGUCUGCAGGAGUGGAGGUUAGAAAAGCCUGUAAACUAAGAAAAUAUAAUAGGAAAGUCAUAAAGAGAAACUAAAUAUAGAAGAAUCAUUUUACCGUUGCUUUUGGCAUUUAAUCACAAUUAAAUUUGCUAUUGAGAGUUCCCUGUAAGAGCAUAUCCUCUUUAGAAAACAGCCGACUCCUAGACAAAUGGAGAUUUAUGGAUGUCCAUAAAAAACACUUACAAUAUUGUAGAGACAGAAUACAUCAUCUCUCUUGUACAUAUAGAAAUGUCAUUUCUAUAAGAGGAUAGUAGAGAGAUUUAGAUAUGUGAGAGACGUGCCCCUCUGUACCCCGAGUUAGUUUCGGUGAAGUCUCCGAAAGCCUGUCAGGUAGUUCAUUACUUAAUUUUAACUGUCAUCUUUUCCAUGGAGAUGCUCCACACUACAUGUUAGGGAGGCUGAGGAGAUUCUGACAUUUGUCAGGACUAUUCUGGCUACUGACAACACAGAUUGAAUAAUUAAUUAGGGUGAAAUUUUUAAGUUGUGCUUAAUACAAGGAAAUAUUUUUAUAAAUAGGCAGACAGGAAAACCAAGGUAUAGGCUGCCUCUUACACAGCCAUAGAUGCCUCAGCAGGAAUCAGUUUAUCCAAACAACCCAUUAUAUAGCUUUCAUGGUUUAAGAAAGGUUUAGAGCAGAGGUGGGCAAACUAUGGCCUGCAGGCCUGUCCUGCCUGGCCCCUGAGCUCCCGGCUGGGGAGGCUACCCCCGGCCCCUCCCAUGCAGCCUCAGUGUGCCACUCCUACCGGGCGGUGUGGCUGGCUCCAGCCGGGGAGCGGGGCUGCAAUCUCCUGCUACUCUGAGCAGCGUGGUAAGGGGGUGGGGGGGGGAGGUUGG